AGCUAUCUCCCGCCGACGACACACGACAGACCUCCUCCCCCUCCUCUCUCUCGUCUCCCCCUCCUCUCUCUCGUCUCCCCCUCCUCUCUCUCGCCGCCAUGGACGCCCUGCAGGGCUGGGGGGUGAGCAGCACCCACUACCUGCAGACGCACUACGCUGAGGCCCAGGGCUGGUUCCUCUGGGUGUCCUGGGCUGCGGACCUCCGCAACACCUUCUUCAUCUUCUUCCCCCUCUGGUUCCACCUGCGGCCCAACGUGGGCAUCAAGCUCAUCUGGGUGGCGGUGAUCGGAGACUGGCUGAACCUGGUGUUCAAGUGGAUUCUGUUUGGGGAGCGACCGUACUGGUGGGUCCAUGAGGCAGCGUACUACCACGACAAGGUGGCCCCCCACAUCCAGCAGUACCCCAUGACCUGCGAGACCGGACCAGGGAGCCCCUCCGGCCACGCUAUGGGGGCCGCCGGGAUCUACUACACCCUGGUCACCUCCAUCCUCAGCGUCCUGGCCCGCAGGAGGAGGGGCGGCAGGAAGCCCCCCCAACCCGGCUGGUAUGUGAGGGCCCUGCUGUGGACGGGCUUCUGGGCCGUCCAGGUGUGCGUCUGUCUCUCCAGGGUCUUCAUCGCUGCACACUUCCCCCACCAGGUCAUCGCUGGAGUCAUCUCAGGCAUGAUCGUGGCGGAGAUCUUCGACCGGGUCCAGUGGAUCUACAGCGCGAGCAUGAGGAGCUACCUGCUCACCACGCUGUUCCUCACCUCCUUCGCCGUGGGCUUCUACCUGCUGCUCCGGGCCCUGGGCGUGGACCUGCUGUGGACCCUGGAGAAGGCCCAGCGGUGGUGCGUGAAGGCCGAGUGGGUCCACAUGGACUCCACGCCCUUCGCCAGCCUGCUGAGGAACAUGGGCACCCUGUUCGGGCUGGGCCUGGCGCUGCACUCGCCCCUCUACACCGAGAGCAAGCGGAGCUCCGGCGCCGUGGCCAAGGCGGGCUGCAUCGUCAGCUCGCUGCUGCUGCUGCACCUCUUCGACUCCUUCAAGCCACCCACGCACACCGCCGCGCUCUACUACCUGCUCUCCUUCUGUAAGAGCGCCACCGUGCCGCUGGUGGCCGGCAGCAUCGUCCCGUACUGCGUCAACAGCGCUCUCAGCCUGCAGGGCAAGAAGGGCUUGUGAGCCGGCUCCCACAGGAGACUAAGGGGCGGGGGGGGGGACAGCUGCCCCAGGACGCAGCACCACACACUCGCUGCCCGGUGAUUCAUGACUCAGGGCGCCGCUGCCGUCUGCCCGGUCUGGGAAUGCCAGCCGUGGACAGAGGGCUUGCAGAAAUGGGGUUUCUUUUAAAGCUCAAACGCGGUGGCAAGUGAAAGCUCAGAUACUCAGAACCCAGGGGCAGCUGUGAGCACACACACUGGGGAAACGACGUCGGGAUGGAGGGUUCAGGAGCUCUGCAAGAGGAUGUGAAUAACGUGGCACUAUUCUUGGAGCACGUUGUACUAAGAGCCGUCAGGGAAAUCCGUUUGACUUUUAUGAUUUAUCUCCGAUUCAUUGUCGUGUUUUUAAGUAUUGUUUGUUUCAUCCGAAGUAACUUUUUAACUUUGAUUUUUUUUUAAAUAAACAUCUUUAAAAUGUC